UUGGGGACGCCUGGAAUUUUCGGAAGUUUUGGCUAACGGUUGUAAAGGCCAUUGGUAUGCGUCGUUCUCCUCGAACUCCGACGGUUCCUGUCGACAACGCAGAACCUAACGUUAAGGGAGGUAAUGUUGGUUCUUCAUCAACAAGUGUUGAUGGCGGUUUGCGUUCUUCCCCUCAAGUUAAGGAUUCAUCAAGGAUCAAGAGAACUGCUGCUGGGACAAAGAAAGAUCGUCAGAGUAGAGUUAAGGAUGCGCAUUUCAUAAUUAAACCUGAUAGGCGUUUUGGUAGUAAAGUCCAACAGUGGAAUAAGUCUUCUGUUAUUAGUGAGAUUAAGGCAGUUUUAAGUUCGAAACAAAAAACGAUGUUUCGAAUAACCCCAUUCGGUCACUUUUUGGAUAUGCCUGAUAUUACAUUUCAGGCACAGUUAUUUCAUAGUGUUUUGCUUAGGGAGGUUUAUCAAAAAACGAAGAAUCUGAGUUUUGGUUUAAAUUUGGUGGCAAAUUAG